CUCUUCCUGUCUCCGGGAGCGGCGGGCCGACAGCGGGCGGCCAGAGCCAGCGGCCGCCAUUCCCGUAUCGCUACGUCCGCGGGGGCCGCCCGAGUCGGCCACGAUGCCGCUGGGCCUGAAGCCCACCUGCAGCGUCUGCAAGACCACGUCAUCCUCGAUGUGGAAGAAGGGCCCGCAGGGAGAGAUCCUCUGCCACCACUGCACGGGCCGGGGCGGCGCGGGCGGCGGGGGAGCCGGUUCGGGGGCGGCCGGCGGGACGGGGGGCGGCGGCGGCAGCGGCGGCUUCGGCGCGGCAGCCUUCGCCAGCACCUCGGCCGCCCCUCCGCAGAGCAACGGGGGCGGGGGCGGCAAGCAGAGUAAACAGGAAAUUCACAGGAGGUCUGCUCGGCUCAGAAAUACUAAAUACAAAUCUGCUCCAGCUGCUGAGAAGAAAGUUUCCACUAAAGGAAAAGGGAGAAGACAUAUUUUUAAGUUAAAAAAUCCCAUCAAAGCUCCGGAGUCCGUUUCCACCAUAAUCACUGCAGAAUCAAUUUUCUACAAGGGAGUAUAUUACCAAAUUGGAGAUGUUGUUUCUGUGAUUGAUGAACAAGAUGGAAAGCCCUACUAUGCUCAGAUCCGGGGUUUUAUUCAGGAUCAGUACUGUGAGAAGAGUGCAGCUCUGACGUGGCUCAUUCCCACGCUCUCUAGCCCCAGAGACCAAUUUGACCCCUCAUCAUAUAUCAUAGGACCAGAGGAAGAUCUUCCAAGGAAAAUGGAAUACUUGGAAUUUGUUUGUCAUGCACCUUCUGAAUAUUUCAAGUCACGAUCAUCACCAUUUCCCACUGUUCCCACGAGGCCAGAAAAGGGCUACAUAUGGACACAUGUUGGACCUACUCCUGCAAUAACUAUUAAGGAAACUGUUGCCAUCCACUUGUAGCUUAAAAAUGAAAACUGGGUUUCCAGUUAUCUUGUAGUCAUACAAGAUACGGCACAUGUUUCUUUAAUGAAACUCUUAGAUGGAAAAAUGACCUAAAAAAGUUUUCCCCUGCUAUAAUCACUAGCUUGUUUAUUAUUAGUCACUUGGAAAAGUAAAGAGAUAGUAAAGAAAGAAAUAUAUUUGAAGUUAAAUAUUACAUUCUAUAUGUGUAUCUUCCCAAGCAAAGCCUGUCAUUUUUAGGGGGCACCGUUACGAACAGGUUGUGUCCAUUUUUCUCCAUGAUGUAUUUCUAGAAACUGCCAUAAAACUGAUUGUAUUUUUUCACAACAACGAAGUAUUAGUUAAGGAUUAGAUUUCUGACCAAGGGCAUACGAUCAAAUAAAAUGUAGACGUGA